ACAAUCUUCGUGGUGAACUGCCACUGAGCUAAUCUGCUCAUCCUUGAAGGCACGCGAACUGCGAACCUCUCAGAUCUCGUUGCGCACGAUGAGCGCCUCUCCGUCCGGCGUCUCGAAUGGCCCGACUCCAACGCCAAAUGGAGCUCCUCGAUUGAUUCGCAAGCCUAAACCCGUGGAUCCGUUGGUACCGCGCAAGAAACCUCUCCCUCGACGACAAAACCUUCCUCCAAGGCCUCCAGGCCAUAGAGGAAGGGAUGCGCCCGCGUCUCAGCCAGGGUCAAGGCCUUCUCCCGCACCUCUGGCCCCUCCCCAUGCACCAUCUCCCCAAGCCGUUGGUGACCCAAGGGCAAAUGGUGGCUGGACACACCCUCCAGCGGGUCCAUACCAGGAUUUUCCCCUCUUCACAACCAAGAGAGCUUUACGUGAAGGCCUGAGAUAUCACAUUGCAAGAUUUGCUUCGAAGAAGGAUGUUGAUCCUACAAACCAGGAUGAGUUUACACGACCAGUUUCGCUACAUAGGAGAGAUCCUCGACAACCUGUUGCAGGAAAAGGCGUAAAGGAAGAUGAACUCCUUGCUGAGGAACCCAUCGACUCAAAGGAAAAAGAGAAGCAGGAAAUUUUGAAGGCUGAGAAGGAAGCUAGAAGAGCGGCGGAUCUCGCCCAGAUUGCGCCGACUGGUAACAAUGCUUCUGCAAUGGCAGCCAAGAAGACGCAGGCUUUCAGAAACGAGAAGACAACUCAGGUGCACCGGUUGGACAAGACUGAGGCUCAGAAAAAGGAAUCCGAUCUGAGAUACGAGGAGGCACUCCCAUGGCAUUUAGAGGACGCCGAUAAUAAGAACACCUGGGUCGGGAAUUACGAGGCAGCCCUCUCGGAUACGAACGUCAUCUUCGUCAUUGAAGGGACCAGCUUCAAGAUGAUCCCAAUCGAGAAGUGGUACAAGUUCACCCAAAAGAACCAGUUCAAGGGGUUUACGAUAGAGGAAGCUGAGGCUCGGUUUAAUAAAGCUACUAGAGAAUCGCGCUGGGUUAUGAAAACUCAAGAGAAAGCAGAUGCAGACAAAGCAGCGGCUGAAACGCGAAAACAAUUGGGUAACCUCUAUACCGUCAAAUCAGAAAGCACGACCUUCAAGAACGCUAGCAAGAGCGAGGUCCAAGAUGCUGAUGAUCUAGACUUCGAUGACAAUGACCUGUUUCAGGAUGACGACGAAACGGCGUUUAUUGAACCCGAAAAGGAUGAAGAUACCAAGGAAUCCAAAGAAAGGAUUAAGCGGGAGCAGUUGGGAGCUAAUGUAUUCGAUAAACUAAAUGAGGCUGAGGUUGAUGAGGAACUUGCCGAAGAAAGACGGGAGGCGGAACGAAGAAAGAAACUGGGCAAGAGUGUCAAAAAGGCGCUCACAAAACGAGAGAAGAUGACGGUUUAUGAGAGCGAUUCUAGCAAUCCAUAUGCCUCUUCGAGCGAGGACGAUACAUCGGACGAGGAGAAGCAAAGGGAGAUUGAUAAACGCAAGGAGGAAGAAGCAAAGAACAAAGCCAAAUUGGAAUCAAAGCUUCCAUCUGGCACUUCGUCGAAGGGGACAAGCACACCUUCUGGGCGACCUAAGCACUCGGAUCCAUUAAAGAACAAAUCUCUCAAGAGACCGGGAUCUCCUAACCUUUCAGCUUCAGAAGCAAGUGGAAAUGAAUCGUCUCGAAAGAAGCACAAGAAGAAACAUUCUUCUCAACCAACAGGCAGCAGCACGCCUAUGCCUGGAUCUCGCCCUAUGUCUCCUGCACCUGCAUCACAACCUGCGUCGACCUCAAGCCCACGCAAAUCAUCCGUCAUCAAGCUCAAUGUGAAUCCCUCAAGGCUAUCCGAGAUCCAGUCUGUACCACCGAACCCAAGCGCAGGCCAAGGCGGUGCUACGAGCGAUGGAGAAGCAACUGGUGGCGAAGAUGGUGGGAAGAAAAAGAUCAAGCUUCGUCUCGGAGGGUCACCUACUGGUUCAAGAGCGGCGAGCCCAGCACCAGGGAGAGCUGGAUCCGCUGGACCUGGAGGAAGCCGUUCUGGGAGUCCAGUUGCUCAAGGACAAGCCGCUCCUUCGGGUGCCAAACCACCGUCACCGGGCACGGGCGUAAUCCAGCCUCACGAGAUCGCAGCCGCGCUGCCAAAGGAAGGUAUCAGUAUCGGGAAUUUGAUGAAGCUGUUCGCUAGCAGAGUGGGCGAUUUAGCGGGACAGCAGACGAGUAAGAAGGAGUUUAUAAGGCUUGUGAAGGAAAAUUCUUCAUAUGGCCCCGAUAAGCUUCUGAGGCCAAAAUCGUGAGCUCAGUGUGGCUUAUUGGGAAUGAACGGAGCGAGUUGGUUUUGAAUGAUGGAUGGGCGAAUUACACGGGGGGCGGGGUCAGCCUUACCUGUCGUUACAAGCGGUAUAUGAAGGGGGUUGGGACACUAGCGCGGGAGAACGAGACAUACCUACCUACCUCACCUA